AUGCCCACUGGCCACCCUCAUGCCGGUGUCCAGGGGCACACCAGGAGAGAACAGGACCUAUUUCCCCUUCUUCUCGGACUUCAGGGGCCACAAUGUGACGGCCCUGCGCAUCGGCGAGUCAUCUGCCCUGGCCUUCAUCUUCCUGCUGUCGUUGGCGGGAAACAUCUGGGGCAUCUGCCUGCUGGUGAGGCGGCACCGCCGGCUCUGCGCCGCCAACUGCCUCGUCCUCAACCUCUUCUGCGCCGACCUGCUCUUCAUCACCGCCAUGCCCAUCAUCGCCGUCGUGCGCUGGACCGAGUCCUGGCUGCUGGGCAACGUCGUCUGCCACCUGCUCUUCUAUGUGGUGAGCCUGAGCGGCACCGUCAUCAUCCUCUCCCUGACGGCCGUCAGCCUGGAGCGCGUCGUCAGCAUCGCCCGGCUGCGCCACGCCGCCUUCCGCCGCCGCAAGGUGCUGGCCGCCGCCUUGCUCCUCAUCUGGGGCUUCGCCGCCCUCGCCACCCUCCCGCUCUGCUGCUUCUUCACCGUGGUGCGGCUGCCCGCCCCCGCCGGCCAGGACAUUCAGAUUUGCACCCUGGAUUGGCCCAGCACUGCAGGAGAAACAGUCUGGGAUAUGACCUUUGCCAUUGUUUUCUUUCUGAUACCAGGAUUCAUCAUUGUCAUCAGUUACUCAAAAAUCUUACAGAUUACAAAAGCAUCAAGAAGAAGUUUAAAUGCUGGUUUAGCCUACUCAGAACAUCAUCAGAUUCGUGUUUCCCGGCAAGACUACAAACUAUUCCGAGCCCUUUUUCUGUUGAUGAUCUCUUUUUUCAUUAUGUGGAGCCCAAUAAUAGUAAUUAUUUUUUUAAUUUUAGUUCAGAACUUCAAAAAGGAUUUAAAUAUUUUGCCAUCAGUUUUCUUCUGGAUAGCAUUAUUCACUUUUGCCAACUCUGCUGUCAAUCCAAUUCUGUAUAAUGUUUCCCAUUUCAGACGUAAAUGUCAGGAAAUUCUUCUCUGUUGUACAAGGAACCCUGAGAGGCAUGGAGCAGGUACAGAAACCACUGCAAGAAGAAGUAACCGUGAACAGCCACAUUUGUCUUUCAUUACCAGAUAAUUAUUUAAAGUCUGAGCUGCGCCACACUUUGGAUUUUGUCUAUGCUAUCCCAGGUCACAUAGGUCAUUAUGUUAUAGUAUUACAUGCCAGCAGAGGAGGAAAAAAAGCUAAAUGCAUAUUUUUAAUUCCUGCAAGUAAAAUUCUCUUGACUUCAUUUGCUUUUCCUUAGUAAGGUUUGGACAAUUUAAUCCAAUGGAUUGGAUUCUCCUCUUAUGCUGAAAUAAAUAGAAAUAUGGCAGUGAACUUGGUGAAUGUAAAAUAGUUUAAUUAAGUACUUUUAAUUUUCUAGUGAAAAUGUUCACCCUCAGAAGGUAUCUGCUUUUUUUUAUAAUCCAGUUUUUAGAGGGAACUUGAUUAAACACUUCAAUAGUUGACUGCCUGAACACAUGUUUGAGCAAACUAACUGAAA